ACGUGCGCGACUUCUGGCUGAGGAGAUGCCCCCCAAAGGGAAAAGCAGCGGCAAAAGUGGGAAGGGAGGAGCCGCUGGCGGCGGGGGCAGUGCUGAGAGGCAGGCCCCGGCCCCGAAGGGUGGGGGCAGCUCUGUGAAGGUUAGACACAUCCUAUGUGAAAAGCACAGCAAAAUCAUGGAGGCCAUGGAGAAGCUGAAGUCUGGAGUGCGCUUCAGUGAAGUAGCCUCACAGUACAGUGAAGAUAAAGCCAGACAAGGGGGAGACUUGGGCUGGAUGACCAGAGGUUCUAUGGUGGGACCUUUCCAGGAAGCAGCAUUCGCCUUGGCUGUCAGCAGUAUGGAUAAGCCAGUGUACACAGACCCUCCUGUCAAAACGAAGUUUGGAUACCACAUAAUUAUGAUUGAAGGGAGAAAAUAAAAUACAAAAAAGA